AAAAUUACAGUUUAUUCUUCUGUAUUUCGCAACUGGCGAGUUGCAUUUAGCGUUUAGUAUUUAGAAUGGCUUCAAUUUGGCAAGGUGAACUCGAAAUCGAGUUUAAAGAAAAGUGCGAUCUUGCAAUAAACAUUCAGGGCAAAAUUAACUGGAGAGGGAAAGAGUUGGUUAUCAAAACUGAGUCGUUAAAAGUUUUGUCAAAGGUUGCGCUCAAAUACGUAACAUUGAAAGGCGGUGUCUCAGUCGCGCUGUGUCAUUGUCUUAAAGAGUUAUAUCCGCGAGUGGCCGUGCAAAGUUUCGAACGUAAUGACAAGUAUUCGGUAUCAGUAGCAGUAUCAUCUGAAACACCAAACGAAGUCGAAUUUGUAAAGGAAGUACAAAACAGCAAAGCACGAACAGGAAUUCAGAAUUUACUUCAAACGUUGAUUCCACAAUUUGGAACAGAUUUUUUAGCGUACAAAUCACUUGCCUUGAAAUCUGUAAAACUCCACUUAAAUGUUCGCGACCAAAGCUCAUUCUCUACAACGGAUACUAAAGAAUCUGUGAAGGAUACCAGUGUAAGAAAUAGUUCAGACCGGGUAAAAGUUGCUUCCUCAUCCCCUGUAAAGCAAGCCAAACCUAAAGACAAAGAUAUAACAGAAUACAACGCUGAUGAUUUGAAAACUGGCGAUGAUAAAGAAUACUAUCUUGGAAAAGGCACCUAUGGAGUUGUGCGAAAAUGCCAUCACCCAGAACUUAAAGUUGUUGCUGUGAAGUGUCUCAAUGUGCCCAAUGAUAGCACUAAGUUGCCUGGAGAGGCCAAAGUACUGCUGGAAGCACACAAUGAAUUUGUUGUAAAAUUCUAUGGGGUUUGCAAAUGGCAAUCAUCUCUUGGGCUAAUCAUGGACUAUGUUAAAGGUGGAAGUCUGGAUCUCUUGCUGUUUGACCACUCUGUCCCUCAAAUCUCAUGGCCAUUGAAAGUUCGCAUUGUGCACCAGAUUGCAUGCGGGCUAACAUCCAUGCAUGAAAAGGAUAUCGUUCACGGCGACUUGAAGAGCUCAAAUAUUUUGCUGGAUUCCAAUAUGGUGCCAAAACUGGCCGACUUCGGAGCUGCAGUAGUUGCAUGUUUUGCCGGCAGCCGCUCAACAGAAGAUGACGACGACCAGUUUACAAUCGCUUAUAGCGCUCCUGAAGUCCUGUCCGAGGGUUUUGUGCCGAAAAGACCAAAAGCAGAUGUGUACAGUUUCGCAAUUGUAGUCUUCGAAAUUUCCGCAAGAACGAAUGCUUUUGAGCCUCGUGUUCUAACAAACAUAGAACUCUUCCGUGACGCAAUUAAGUCCGGUAACCGCCCUGAUAUUGAUCUUAUUAAAGAUGAGCAAGAAUGUGAAACUCCAUCUGAUGAGUCCACAGCAGACAUCCUGAUUCAAAUCAUUGAAGAAUGCUGGGAAGAUAAACCAGAAGACAGGCCGGACAUGAAAGACAUAUGCAGACGCAUACAUGAACAUCAGAUUGCUGAGCAGCACGAUGAUAAAAGUAUCCAAAAUCACAUACAGGAGAUAAAGGGAAAACAAGACCGUACCUCAGAAGAAAGGGAACUUAGUGAUUUCCCAUUGAUAUCUCUCAGUAGUCUGGUUCCACCAUUAUAUAACUAUAGUUCAGCAAAUAGCUCGCAAAGCUCCAAAGAAUCCAGCAAAGAGUCGAUCAAAGUUGAGGUUAAAGAAACCCCUAAUGUCAAAACUCCAAGGGAAAAAGCUCCUACUUUUGAAAGGCGAACUGAAUCUCCACCUUUAACAGAAUUUGAGAAUACAGAAACUGGUUUCAGUGGAAUUUCUCUUGAAGAAAUGAUUAAAACAAUGGGUGCUGAAGAAGAUGCAGAAGAGCUGUUUCGAGACAAGCGAUAUAAAGAUGCCAUUCCACUUUUACAAGGAAGUUUAAGGCAAAUCGCAGAUGUCCAUAAGACCUGCAUGAUCCGGCUUAAACUGGCUAUUUGCUACUAUGAGGUUCUUGAAAGAGACAAAGCUGACAGCGAGUUAAAACAAGCAUUAUCUGACAUCCAAAAACCCAUAGCGUCGUCUUCAGAAACUCGAGAUAUUGGGAAUCAAGCAGUUGAAAUAGCUGAUAUAUUUGUAAAGCAUACAAGACUCUCACGGGCUUUACUUAUUUACAAAUCAGCAGCUUCUGUGUUUUGUCAAAGCAAGGACUCCAAUGUUUCAUCUCAUGGGGUUGGAAAAUGCAUCAGGAGACUACAGGAGCAUUUCUGUGAAGUUGGAAUGGCAAAACACUCAGUUGAAGUUAUGCAGUUUUUGUUGGCGAAACUGAACCAGUUGGGUGCAGUUAGUUGUGAGGUUAUGACUCGUGGCUACCAUGAUGCAGGAUACUUCUAUGAUGGAGUCAGCGAAUAUACAAUGGCGGUUGAAUGUUACGAAAAAGCCAUUGGAGUAAUGGAGACAACGCAUGGGGAACAAGCACAAUAUCAGAAUAUCUACGCCCAAUGCUUUCACAAUAUGGGGGUCACAUACAAGAACAUGAACAAACUCAAACAUGCUCUUGAUUGCUUUACACGAAGCUUGGCACUUUAUAAAUCUGCUUUGGACUGGGGUGAUGAGGAAAGAAGGAGGAAAACUAUCGAUAAAAACAUCAGGAGUGUUGAAAAUCUCAGAAUGAGGCUACUAGUAGAUUGACCUAAUUUAAGCAAUCGAAUUACUUAGCGAUAUGUUUUAAAAAAGAAGAGAAAAUGUAAGGUUCUAAUCUUAUGCAUAUUUUUAAGCGCAUAUAUAUCUAAACUUCUUUACACAAAUUCAAUUUUGUAUUAUUUAAAUUAAUGAUUUAAUCUUAAAAACUUAUUUUAUCCGCCGGGCAACAAGAGUGUUUUGCCCAAGGACACAUACGCUUAAAAUGUCGGCAGCAUCAAGCUUUGAACCUGUAUCUUCUGGGCUAAAGAGUAAGUUUAAUGAUCGACUUAUUACUGCACUGUUUAAAUUUGUAUUAUUAUUUAACUGAAAUUGUUUCAGUCAUUUGUUCUAUUGUGAAAUACUCAUGUAAAGUCAGCACUGGGAUGUGAUUUGAUGAAUAUAAACUUUAAUAUUUUA